AUGGCCCUCCGCCAUCAAAUACAGCGAAUAGAGCGGCUGCAACGAGCUCAGCGCAGCCUGUUCGUUGCCGCAGCUGGCCCGAAGUUGUAUACGUUUGAUACUCAGGAUGGUACUCAAUUGGACGUCUGGCCAUCUCCCACGGCUGUUCAACCGCCCUUUCCCGCUGAGAGCCAGCCGGAAGCAGAGGAUAAGCCUACCAACGAUCGUGCAGGCACGCCGCCGCCAGGAAAAAGGCGCAAGCUAUCACCUGCGUCAGGCGAUACGAAAAUCGAUGGCAAAACCCAUUCGGCGCCUAAAUCUAAAACGUCGCUUGUUUGGACAACCAUAUCGCUGCUGCUAAGUACGCCGUCAGGGGAACAUGUUAUCGCGGUAACGGGAGAAGACAAGUGUCUACGGGUCUUUGAAGUGGGCAUUGACGGGACCUUGAGGCAACUAAGUGAACGAUGCAUGCCCAAAAAACCCUGCGCACUCGCCUUAACACAGGGAAACACGGUCAUCCUCUGCGGAGAUAAGUUCGGGGACGUCUACUCACUCCCCCUCCUGCCAGGUGACGACUACGGACCCCCCGAUACUACGGUGACCGCACCAGCGACAGAACCGAAAGCAUUCAAGCCCUCCGCCAACCCACUAACAGUCCAUACGAAGAAAAACUUAUACUCUCUCCAGCAACAACUACGGUCGCCAGUCGUCAAACGUGAGAAAGUUGGACCUACAUUUGAGCUGAAACUACUGCUGGGCCACGUGUCGAUGUUGACAGACCUGGCAUUCGUAUCGUUUCCAGAUGACUCGCGAAGCUAUAUCCUAUCCGCGGAUAGGGAUGAGCAUAUCCGUGUCUCAAGAGGAUUGCCACAGGCGCAUAUAAUUCACGGGUACUGCCUGGGCCACACAUCAUUUGUUAGCAAACUAUGCAUCCCACCCUGGGCCCCGGAAUUAUUAAUAUCUGGUGGCGGUGAUGAUUAUAUCCUCGUCUGGAACUGGAGAGAGGGGCGCGUAACCCAGAAGGUUCUAUUGGAACUUGAGCACCGAAGCCAGGGGGAUAUUGCUGUCGGUGGUCUUCUAGCAGUAUCCUUCGAGGGACAACCCAGUUUAUACCAGCUUGUAAAAGGGGCAAUUCUCGUCUCUGUUGAAGGAUCACAAGAACUGCUAUCCUUCGGCGUCAAAGCUGAUAACUCUCUUGUACCACUGUCAACCAUCAAGGCAGCGGGAAAUGUCCUGGAUAGCACCAGUCUUAACGACCAAGGUGCUAUUAUAAUAUCGUCAGACAAUGUCCAUGAACCGGGCUCGACAACUCUCCAAAGGUGCAAUAAACCAUCCCCUCCCAUCGCUCUACAACAGUUCACAGCCACUGUGGAUUCCGGAAGUGUUAAGUGGGAAGAGUGCCCAGGCGCAGCGUUAGAUGCGAUUAACAGUAGCUCAUCAUUCGACAUGUCCAUUGCGGAAGAUGAGAAGGAGAGGCAGAAGCAGCUGAAACAGCUUGGAGAAUCUUUGUAUUUUAUAGGAAACUUCCGCAAAAAUGUGCGGGGUGAUGAAGAAUGA